GCUCCAACCACGACAACAGCUGCUCGAACCAAAACAACGGUGGCACCAACAACAACAACUGCUGCUUCAACUACGACCAAAGCUGUUCCAACCACAACCACAGCUGCUCCAACGACAGCAACGGUGGAACCAACAACAACCACAGCUUCUCCAAAAACAACAACAGCUGCUCCAACCACGACAACAGCUGCUCCAACCACAACCACUGCAGCACCAAGCAAAACAACAACUGCUCCAACCACAGCCACAGCUGCAUCACCCACCACAACAGCAGCACCAACCACAACCACUGUGGCACUAUCCACAACAACAGCUGCUCCAACAACGACAGCAGCUUCACCAACCACAACAACUGCUGCUCCAACCACAGCAAACACUGCACCAACCACAACAACUGCUGCUCCAACCACAACCACUGUGGCACCAACCACAACAACUCCUGCUCCACCAUCGACAACAGCUGCUCCAACAACAGCAGUAUCUGCUGUGACCACAGCCACCGCAUCUGCAACCACAACAACUGCUGCACCAACAAUGACAACAGCUGCUUCAACCACAACCACAGCUGCCCCAACAACAAGCCCAGAUGCUCCAACAACAUCAACAGCCUCACCAACCAUAAAAUCACCUCUAACAUCAGCUGUUGCUCAGACCACAAUACCUGUUUCAACAGCAUCAUCAACAACAACAACAGCUACUCCAAAUCCAAGCACUGCGUCAACAACCAAAACAACAGCUGUGACAACAACCACUUCCGCAAUAACCACUACAAUUUCUUCAACAACUAAAAAAUCCACGACAACAACAAGUAACGCAUCUUCUGUCAGAAUGAAUGUAAUCCCUCUUGUACUGGGACUCUUUGUCUUUAUCAUCUAUUAUUAAACAGGAAAAUCACAGAUGGAACCCUAUGAAAACCACUUAAACUGUGAAAGGAUGUUUUUUUUAUUGUCAAUGUUUACUUCUGUUCUUCUUGUUUAGUUGGGAUUUAAAUUUAAUUUGUUUCAGAUGUAAAAAAAAGGGGUCUGGGUAAACCUGAGGAUGGAUAACUAUUUAACACACAAUUACCUUUUUCCAAGUGAGUUAUAAAGUGUAAUAUACAUUUAAUAUUUACUUAUAGUUAACAAAUAUAUUUAUCUUUUGUUAAACUUAUCAUGCAAAUGUCUUGAAUAAAUGUAAUAGUGUGCAAUAAUAUGAACAGAAAUAUAUAUCCAUAUAUCCAUAACUAGUUAUUUGGGGAUUUUUGUUAUGCAUAUAUAUUGUCAGUUUUAUAUUACAAUAGUGAUUCAAUGACAGCAUUGUAAAACUACAACAACAAUUACACCAAAAAUGCCAAAAGAUAACAACUGUGACUGUGAUAAAGUUUUCAACAGACAUUGUGAUGGGUUUUUUUUUGUGCUUUGGAACUGUCCCAUUGAUGACAAGUAUGGGGAAUAUAAAAGCUAUGACAAUAUAUUUGUUUUGAAUAAUGUUAUGAUUAUUCUGAAUGUCACUUGUUUUCUUGAUUUUUCCCAAUCAUACUGAUGGCCACACAUGGCCCCAGUUUUAUCUUUCAUAUAAUUACAUAGUAACUGUAUGUUAUUUAGGAUGAGAUACUCUGGUUUCCCCAGAAUGUAGACUUUUACUCUCUUCAUCUUAAUAAAACUAUUAAUGCAUCAA